AUUGUGAGAUAUUUAUUCUACUUGCUUCUCUAUUCGUACUUACACUCCAUAUUUCAGCAAUACUCUACGCUUUAGUAAUUAUAUAUUUAAAUUAUCGACUUACCAAUGGACGCAAAAAAUUCGCUUAUAAAGGCCACAAAAACGCAGACAAUUCCGCUACACCCAUUCGACAUGAUGACAGGAGUUGUCAAUAUAAUUUAUAUAUGUUACUACAAGAAUACUUUGGGCAGUGAUACGUUUAUGCCGACAGAUAUGCUGAGAGACUCGUUUUUCACGACGCUGGCUGAAUUUCCUAUUCUGCUUGGUCGGCUGCAGGUGGACGGCAGUGGCAAAACAGUAGUCGUGGUCGACGAGAACAACCUCAAUAUGCCCGAGUUCAAGGAAACCCAAAGCGACAUACAUUUUGGCCAUUUGCAAUCGGCAGGCUUCAGUUGGAGCACCAUGCCGCAAGGCACAGUUGCUGUUCGUUCCGUCGCUACUGUUGGUGACCAAGGCUACAUCAAGUUGGCCAACGUGCACAUUGUCAGGCUUAAGGACAACAGCGGAGUUGUUUUGACAGUCGGCCUAUCCCAUUAUGUCGUCGAUGGUAUUGGAUACUGCACGUUUAUGAACCAGUGGGCCAAAAAUUGCACACAUUUGCAAAACGGCACUCCUAACAAUAGUGUGCAUGCCAGGACACUCAAUUUUGAUCGCCAAACGGUUGCGCGCUGCCUGCCCAGUAGAGGAUCCACAGUUGAUCAAGCUACACGUUCUCUGUAUUCCACGGAUGGGUACAUGGCUCGGUGGUUGGCCUGGUUGACACCUGAGAGCCGUGGCAGCGUAUUUAGUGUUUUGAUGGCAUUGGAUAACUAUACAUUUUUGAAGCCCCCGACAUCUAACUGGGUUACUUCAAUAGCGGUCGAUAUCCGGGGCCGCAUUGACACAGCAUCUACAGCCAACUAUACUGGAAACAUGUGGACUCCUGAAUACACUGGUAAACUUGUCUACUCUACCCAAAAGCUUGCUCAUUUCCAACCAUUCUCGGUUUCCACUGUACAAUGCCAAUUUCGGAAGUGGCAUACCAGCAUGGGUCAGCCCAACACCAGAGUCAUUUCUCAACUAUGCAACAGUACUUCCUAG